AUGCCGCUGCCGUUUAACAAAAAUUUAGACUUAAAAUUACUAAAAUUAGUCAAAGAAAAUCCAAUUCUAUACAACACUAAGCACUCAAAAUAUUUGGAUUUCGAUUCGAGAGAAGUCGUCUGGCAGAAAAUUGGAGACGCAUUAAACCGGCCAGCCCUCGUUUGCAAAUCAAGAUGGAUAAACAUAAGAGAUAUGAUGAGGAGGAAAGUCAGAGAUCGACUCCGGAACCCCAACGCAUACAGCUAUAAGUACAAAUACGAAGACGAGAUCUCCUUCAUGAUGCCGUACUUCAGAGAGUCUUCCUCCACCAGCACCACCGCCGAGGAGUACCCUGAAUUCCUUGACGAGCCCUCCGAAAUAGAAAUGCCAUCAGAAGUCUACGUGGAUGAGACCUUAGACUUUGAAGAACCACGGGAAACGAAACCUGUAUUCAGAAAGAGACAGACUGAUGAAGCGUCCGCAAAUUCUUCCAGAGAUUUCUCAGACCAAAUGUUUCAAGAAUUGAACCCUGCUGAUCCUUUAGACGUGUUUCUCCUGACUAUAGGUUCCACGCUAAGGAAGUUCAGCCCUUACUACUUGAACCAGGCGAAGAGUAAGAUCUUCCAGGAGAAACAAAAAGACAAGAAGAAGCUUGUUCCUCGUCUGCUGGGCAUCAACUCCCACGCUAUCCUGCGGCUGGAUGAGGUGACGAAGGAGAUCCUGCAAGAGUGGCCGCUCACUCAUGUGAAGACGUACCACGCAGGAAAGUCGCAGACCUUCACACUCAACUUCGGAGAUUAUAGUGACAAAGAGUACAGUGUAAAAACACAAGAUUGCCACCGAAUCCGUGACAUCUUGGAGGGCUACAUCGACAUCAUCAGACGUUCUCAGCCGCAGUCCGGUACAAUGAUCACGACGGUGCAGCAGCUGGUGGUUACUGACCAUCUCCAGAACCAGCAAAUGGCUCUGGCGAUCUACCAGCUCGUGUACCCCAUAAAAUUGACAGUCAACUGUGGUUUUUUAAAGAAAGGAGAGAUGCCGCUCCGCAGUGACAUGUCCAAGGACUGCAUCAAGAAACUGAACAAGAUGAACUCCAACUCUGUGAAGAUCGUAGGACUACUCACAGAUCCCACGGAACAUGACUAUGAAGAAAUCCAAAAGAUUGUGCGAGCUAUGAAAGAAGAUUUCCCAGAUAUCGAUAAAGCUAAGCCAAAGACAAAACACGACAAUGAAGCUGUUAAUGAUUUGUUACUAUUUUUUGACCAGGACCGUGAGGGUGCAAAGGAUGCGGCAGAGAACAUAGCAGAUCUCACUACACAGGUGUACUUCUCCUUGGACCCAAAGACUAGGAGACGCAGUGAACUGAUCAGGCGUUCCCGCAACAAAAUGAAGGCAGGCGAGAAAUCAGAACAGAGCAUGCGCCGUGCAUCAUUCCUGGCGGCUGCAAACUCCGCGCAGCACGCACUGGAUAGCGCUGUGGAGACGCUGAAUGAGGACUAUACAGGCCCAAAGCCGGAUGCUGCUCAGCGUAUGCAGCUGGAGAAGGCUCUCGAAGACAAAAUGGGCAAGCUCAAUGCUGCCAUAGCUCUGUACCUUACUGCACAUUCUGACCCAGAGAACAUCGACUACGCCUCUGCUAUCAACUCUAUGAACGCCAUCAACGAACUGAUGCCUGAAAUAGCCAAAGAUACACAAAUCCUAGCCAGCACGUUGGAGCCGUCGUCUCGCGAGCAGUUGCUGGACGACAUGCAGGAGCUGUGCGACGCCACCAGAGCUAUAAUAGAGCUGGCGAAGGACGUCGGUGCCAAGACGUCACUCCUGCUCGUGUCCACCAACGAGCUGACCUGCCAGGCAGCCUCCGAGCCUGCUGCAGCUGACGUAGACACUGCUGGAGUCAGGGUCGCAGAAGCUGCUACUGACCUUAUUGCGUGUGCACAGCUAACAGCUCCAGCCAUCCACGAGCCACACUGCCAGAGCGCACUCACGGCAGCCUGCGAAGGUAUCGGCUCCUCCGUCCACCAGCUGGAGACAGCCUGGCGUCCACUACUGGAGGACCAGACCAGGCAGCCCAUGAAUGACCAGCUGCACUCCAGGGUUGUUGAUGUUGGGAAGGCGUUGGAGAGAUUGAAGGAUGCCUACGCUAAUUUGGGAGGUGUCGAUGACGAUGACUCGUCACUUCCAGCGCAAGAGCGGAAGCGGCUCAAGUUCAUCGCAACCAUGAAUGGAGCCAAGGGUAGACUGCAAGGAGUCGAGGAUUUGUGGAACCAGCAAUCGGCGACUGGCGUACCGUCGGAUGCGGAGAAGGCGGAGGCUCAGCGUCGCAUGGAGCAGAGCAUGGCGCAGCUGAACGCUGCCAUCGCUGCACUGGCUGCUGCUACUGCUGACGCAGAGACAGUGAGCUCCGACAAGGACGAGGCGACGCGUAACGCCAUGCAGAAGAACAUCCGCGCCCUCUGUGACGCUACAAGGAAGAUUUGUGAAGGAGACGGCUAUAAACAUGUUCGUAUUGUAAUUAGCUUUACCUUAAAACUAGCGAUUCUAGUUCUAGUGGUUGAAGGUGAAGAAGCUGCUAACUUCGCGGCAGCAUCUGGCAAGCUGCUGUUCCUCAUUAGCCCAGGAGCUGAUAAAGGAAGACAGAAGUUUCUCCUGGGGUCUGCGGACUCGUUGACAGCAGUCUGCCAGCUGCAGGCGCACGAGCAGCCGGAGCUGCAGGCGCAGUGUGCAGUCUUAACUGACACACACCAGCAACUUGCUGACAGUCUGCACAGACUGACUGAUGCCUGCAAUGUGGGACAAGCCGCUCUAGGUCAGAAGCUCAACGACCGUAUAGCUCAGCUUAAUGCAGCCGUUGCAGCUCUUGCCGCCGCCACCUCAGAUCGCGAGAACCCAGACUAUGAGGCGGCCGAACGCGCAGUGAACACCAUCUCCCAAAUAAUGCCACAUCUAAUACAAGAUUCACAAAUGCUAUGCGGCACGAAGUCAGACGCGGAGCAGGCGGCCAUGUUGCAGGAGCUGCGCGCGCUGUGCGAGGCCACGCAGGAGCUGUACGCUUCGACAAAGUUGGUGUACUGCGCCACACCUCGAGCUGAUAAUGAGAUGGAGAAUGAGAUUCUUGGUUUGACAACCGAUGCUUGUGGCAAGGCAUCGGAGCUGCUGAGCCAGGUGCAGCAUUUGACGGAGCGCGUGACAGAUGCAGGUGCAGCCGCGGAGCUGGACCGCUGCGGGGCCAGCGCUGCAGAUGCCGCACAGGCACUGCUCACUGUCGCACAGGCUACUGCAUCUACCAUGGAUAGUCCUUGCUGCAAGGAUCAGCUGAUCUCAUCCGCGCAGAAGCUCCGUCGCUGCGCGGACGAGCUGACGUCGUCGUGCGAGCCUCACACAGCUCAGCUCCCGGACGCACGCCGCCAGCUCGGCACCGCGCACCGACAGCUUGCUGACAGUCUCGACAAACUGAUGCAGGCUUGUCAGAAAAUACCAGAAGGUUCCCAGAGUGGCGUGUCACAACCUCCAAAGGAGAAGCAACGACUCAAGUUUAUGAACAGCUUGACAGGAGCUAGAAACCGACUCUACGACGCCGAGCAACAGCUCAAACAGCCAUUGCCAAAGCAUCAGCUGAGUCCUGAACAGGCAGCAGCUCUGGAACAGAGGUUGUCGCAGCGCCUGGCGCAGCUCAACGCUGCAGUGGCUGCACUUGCCGCUGCUAAAGCUGAUCCCGAAAACCCUGACUGGAAAACUGCGGAACAGUCUGUGAAGGAGAUAUCUGAACUGAUGGCGCUGAUUGUACAAGACUCCCGCCAAUUAUCGAGCACGAAGGACGGAGCUGGGCAGGCAGCCAUGUUGGACGAUCUGAAAGCUCUAUGCCACGCCAGCCGCAGUCUUUGUGAAAAUUCUGAAACUGAUCCUAAAAUUAGUACAAAGGAAUUCCAUAAGGCGGCCAGCAAACUGAAGUUCAUUGUGAGCCCUACUGCCGACAAGAUCAAGGAAAAACAGGCAGCAUGCAAGCAGGCGGAACGUUUAGCAGUUAAUGCACAGACUGCUUGCCCUGCGCAGGCGCCGCUAGCCUCGCGCCUACAUGAGGCCGCUGGCACCUUGGAUUCAGUGGUGCAGGCUACAAGCGCCAGUCCAUCAGACCCAAGAUGCUGUGCAGCAGUCAACUCGUCAGUAAACAACGUGCGCCACUGUGCACAACAACUGACGUCUUCCUGUGAGCCACCUCUGAUGACUCGACCAGAAGCUUGGCAACAACUACUGUCCUGUACCAUUGGCACUGGUUCAGGGCAACAAGAACAGCAACGUCUCAAGUUCAUCAACAGCGCGUCUGGUGCCAAGGGUCGUCUGAACGCAACUGAACAACUGCUGAAAGAGCCGUUGGUGUGUCAGCUGCUGAAGGAAGAAGACGGCGCGGCGCUACAGCGCAGGCUCGGGGCGCGCGUGGCGCAGCUCAACGCCGCCGUGGCCGCGCUCACUGCUGCCACCGCAGACCGCGAGCACCCCGACUACGCGGCGGCAGACCAGGCCAUCCAGCACAUCGCUCAACUCAUGCCGCAAGUGGUACAAGAGUCCCGCACGCUAUGCGGCACGAAGUCAGACGCGGAGCAGGCGGCCAUGUUGCAGGAGCUGCGCGCGCUGUGCGAGGCCACGCAGGAGCUGUGUGAGCACGCGGGACAGGCACAGGUUGGUGGAGCUCUGGGGGGAUACUUCUAUUGGGCAAGUGUCAGAACGAGUGUGACGAAUGUAUUCUCCUUGCUGCAGGGAGUCAGCGACGCUGCCGCCAAGUUCUCCGCAGCGUCAGGCAAGUUGGUGUAUGUCGUCAGCCCCAAGACGCAAGAUGCUCACGAGAAACAGGUGUUGGCCCUGGCCGCCACCUCUUGUGGUAAGGCAUCGGAGCUGCUGAGCCAGGUGCAGCAGUUGACGGAGCGCGUGACAGAUGCAGGCGCAGCCGCGGAGCUGGACCGCUGCGGGGCCAGCGCUGCAGAUGCCGCACAGGCACUGCUCACUGUCGCACAAACGACAGCUCCAACUAUCAGCGACCCUCAGUGUCAGAAGCAGGUGAUCUCAUCCGCUCAAAAGCUGCGUCGCUGUGCCGACGGACUGAUAGCCACAUGCGAGCCUCACACAGCUCAGGAUCCUAAGGCACGCCAGCAAAUCGGCGCCUCACAUCGCCAGCUUGAUGACAGUCUUGAUCAAUUGGUGCAGGCUUGUGGAUCGGUACCACACGGUGCCGCCAGCUCAGGGCAACAAGAACAGCAACGACUCAAGUUCAUCAACACCGCGUCUGGUGCCAAGGGUCGUUUGAAUGCCACUGAACAACUGCUGAAAGAGCCGUUGGUGUGUCAGCUGCUGAAGGAAGAAGACGGCGCGGCGCUACAGCGCAGGCUCGGGGCGCGCGUGGCGCAGCUCAACGCCGCCGUGGCCGCGCUCACUGCUGCCACCGCAGACCGCGAGCACCCUGACUACGCGGCGGCAGACCAGGCCAUCCAGCACAUCGCUCAACUCAUGCCGCAAGUGGUACAAGAGUCCCGCACGCUAUGCGGCACGAAGUCAGACGCGGAGCAGGCGGCCAUGUUGCAGGAGCUGCGCGCGCUGUGCGAGGCCACGCAGGAGCUGUGUGAGCACGCGGGACAGGCACAGGGAGUCAGCGACGCUGCCGCCAAGUUCUCCGCAGCGUCAGGCAAGUUGGUGUACGUCGUCAGCCCCAAGACGCAAGAUGCUCACGAAAAACAGGUGUUGGCCCUGGCUGCCACCUCUUGUGGCAAGGCAUCGGAGCUGCUAAGCCAAGUGCAGCAGCUAACGGAGCGCGUGGCAGACGCAGACGCAGCUGCGGAGCUGGACCGCUGCGGGGCCAGCGCUGCAGAUGCCGCACAGGCACUGCUCACUGUGGCACAACGACCCUCAGUGUCAGAAGCAGCUGAUCUCAUCCGCGCAGAAGCUCCGUCGCUGCGCGGACGAGCUGACGUCGUCGUGCGAGCCUCACACAGCUCAGCUCCCGGACGCACGCCGCCAGCUCGGCACCGCGCACCGACAGCUUGCUGA